CCUCACUUCACCCCAUCUUUCAUCCAUUCACCCAUUCCACCAUAAUCAACUCAAUACAACCAACCAACCAACAUUCACCCAAUUCUAGAAAAAUAACAUAGAAAGAAAGAAAGAAAGAUACACAGAGAGAAAAUGACCUACCAAAUCACCUCCUCCCCCACUCUCUCCCCACCCACCAGCGCCGCCAUGAUCUCCUUCAUGGAAAACUUCUACCGCAUUAGCGAUGCCGAAUCCCAGCAUGAUCAGUACGUGAGUAACUUCACGGACGAUGCCACAUUGAUUAUGGGGUCGAAGGUUGCGAGGGGCGUUGAUGAAAUCCUCCCUCUCCGCCACUCCCUCUGGACGCACGUACACAGCCGAAAACACACCCCCGAGAGAAUCUACUUCGGCGGGGAAAGAGAACUCAUGCUGUACGGGACAGUCAAGUAUGUGUUGAGGUCGGAUUUGGAGAAUGAAAUUGAAGUACCCUGGGCUGGGAGGGUGGUGUUUGAUGAGAAGGUGGAGAAGAUGAGGUUUUAUCAGGUUUAUUUGGAUCCGUCCGCGCAGUCGGGGAAGAAAUAGAUGGUUUGUUUCAUUGUUCAUCAUUUUCGAGAUUGGGGUUGGGGUUGGGGUUGCUGGAAGUGAAUGGGUAAAUGGGGAGUACUAGGGACUUAGGGUUUGGGGGUGGGAUGUGAUAUGAUAUGGUAGGAUGGAUGGGGAUUGUAUAUAGGUUGGGUUGGGAGAGCUUGGUUUAUAUAUGGGUUUAGGCUGAACGUGGGGUAGGUUUCCCAUGUAUUGCUGGGUAUACUUAUG